AGGGAACAAGCCUUAGUUUGUUUUGGAGGCGGGGUAUUCUAGCUUGCGAGCCAGCCGUCGAUGCUGAUGAUCCAAAAUUCCGUCUGAAAAAUUCAAAGCUCUCGUUUCCCUUUAAGAAAGGCAGCCAAUCAUUCUUUCUCAGCCCAACUUAUUAUCUUGCAGAGUUGAUGUUGUGGGGGGAAAAAUAGGCGGAAGCGGUAUUGGGUAUGUUUGCUGCUAUCAGUUGCAAAAAAUAAUGUAGGCGAGAUUUAAACAAAAAAAAAAAAGUUAAACUGGACGUAUCUUUUUAGCCUGAUUGUUACUAGCUUCCUUGUUUGCUGUUUUCCUAGUCUUAUCUCUCAGAGCUUGCUGCUGCAUAUUUCAGUUUUUAGGUACCUGAUUGUGAGCUCUUAAAUUGUGAUUAUUACAAUAAAGAGACAGGCUUGUAAAAAAAGGAAGCUGCUGUUUUAAGUGGUGUCUUCGUAGCGAUCAGUAAAGCUACCUGAAAAUUAUCCCCUUGUAGAAAUUAUUAUUUACUCCUUUUAGGUUUCAAUCUAGCUACAGGAUGGCACUGAAUAUGAUCCAGGAUGUCAAGAUAUCUCUGCCGUUUACUCCAGAACCACCUCUUACUCCUGUGUUGAAUCUCACUUGGGAUUUCCAAAACCUUAGCACUUUAGCAGGGGAUACACCAAGGCGUUGCUUAGACCUGUCCAAUCUCAACAGUGGAGAAGAGGAAAUUGCUUUCACCUUCAGCCAGUCCCCAGCAGCACUGGAGAUUGAUAAAAAUAACUUAACAGAAUUCCAGGAUCAGCUAGACUCAAGGAAGCAGUGUGUGCAGUUUCUCCAGCCUGAGGUAUUGUGCAGCACACCAAGUUACCUCCAGCAAAUUAGCGGGGAAAUUCUGUGUCCUUUGAUGAACAAGAGAAAUAAAGCAGAGGAUCUCAUGGACCGUGAGAUGAAAUACCUUGGCAGCCCAAUAGAUGCUUCAGGAAUCCCAGAAGCCUUGGGUAGCUUUUCUGAUGAGCUCCGUUCCAGUGAAAAGGAAGAAACGGAGAAGUCCCUUUCUGGGCACCACUCUAGCAUGGCUGCCUUGUUGUCUGGACCACUCCGUGCUCAGGACAUCAACAUCAGUGAGCAGGUCUCCAUGAACAAGAGCAGCCUCUUCCGAUCUCCAUCUCUGCCAGCAAAACUAAAUAGACCUGCAUCAAAGAGGACAGUGAAAAGCUAUGCUGAUGAAACUCCAGCUAAAGUGACAUGGAAGUGCAGCUCAAUCCAAGAAGGGCCAGAUGGGGUUAUGCUUUUGAAGAAAACAGCCUCCCUUUCUGACAUCGAGAUCGUCAGAGCCCUUGAUCAAGACCAGGGCUUCAGACAGUUAAUUGGUGAUUUCUCUAGCGUCUAUGUAUUGCCAACAGUCACAGGAAGGCAUUCAGAUCUGAGAUAUAUCACUGCAGAUACUAUGGUAGCACUGCUCCACAAUAAAUUUCAAAGCCUUAUAGAGAAGUUCUACAUUAUUGACUGCCGCUAUCCCUAUGAAUAUCUUGGGGGCCACAUCAAGGAGGCCUUGAAUAUUCAUAGACAAGAUGACUUAUUUGAACUUUUCCUGAGGAAGCCAAUGCUUCCAUCAUCACCUCAGAAGCGCCUCAUCCUUGUAUUCCAUUGUGAAUUUUCUUCUGAAAGGGGUCCCAAAAUGUGUCGUUACCUGAGGGAGGAAGACCGAGCCAUGAAUGAAUAUCCUGCCCUGCACUACCCUGAACUUUAUGUCCUCCAAGGUGGCUACAAGGAGUUCUUUCUAGAAAACAAGGAGCUUUGUGAACCACAGAGUUACUGUCCCAUGGAUCACCAGGAUUUCAAGGCAGAGAUGGUCAAGUUCCAUGUUAAAAGCAAAACCUGGGCAGGGGAACGGAGGCGCAGAGAUCACAUUGUUCGUCUCAUGAAGCUAUGAGUUCAGAGUCAGUAGCCAGGAGGGGACUCCCUCCAAGACAGUUCCUUAGCCAAAGGAAAAGCUGCAGCAUCUGUAAAAUGUGCUGAAAGGCUAAGAAAGUGAGCUUGCCAGGACCAAGCAGCCCUGGCAGGGGUUACAAUGAGGAGAGCUCCGAUAUGCAGAGAUCCCUAGUUUGAAAGUGCUGUGGCCAAGUGCGGACAUUCCUAAUGGAACACCCUCCAUAGAAGUGGCAAUAGCCCCUGUGAGAAACAAUGCCUAGAAAUCUCUCCUAAGGCAGCAGGCUGAGCUGCUCUGUAAUCCAGACUUUAAGCUAAUUUUCAGAGGGAGACUUAAUUCCUUUUAAACGUUACCUUAGGUUUUUGGCCAGUGAGUGCCUUAUUUUAAUGGAAGAAUAAGCUGUUCUGGAAGAUUAUCAAAUGUUGUUUAACUGCGUAUCCAGUUUUGUAUGCAUAUGUAAGUAAUAGCUUGUAGUUUGGAACGGUACCAUUCAGGUGAGAAGAAAAAGCAUGAGGGAGUCAUUUCAUACUUGUUUUCUUUUAAGGGGGUAUCUUCGUCUUCUGAACAUCUUAGCGAAGGUGUAAAUUAGUGAUUUGGUAUAGAAAAGUAUAAUAAGCUGCUGUGGCCCAUACCUUCAGACAUUGUAAAUUUGCUAUUCCAGGUGAAUCACUUCUUUUUGGCAGUUCUGGAAAAAAAAUUUUUUUAUGAUAGCAUACAUGAGCAAUUGUAAUUCUAGGCAAAAAUAAAAUUGCAUAUUCAAACUUGUUUCUAAGUUAAUACUUCUUCAGACAAUAAAGGUGACUAGGUAAUCUCUCACAA